AUGAGUGUUCGUUUCCUACGUUGGGGGAUGGACUUUGCUACCGGCUACAAGCACCCACCGGAGGGUAGUACAAAGGCACUUCCGAAACGGUUCGCCAUGGAUGAAGACAAAUGGCUUACACGAUUCAUCUUUCUCGAAAGUGUCGCUGGGGUCCCCGGGAUGGUUGGAGGUGCGCUGCGUCAUCUGAGGAGCUUACGCAAAAUGAAGCGAGACAAUGGCUGGAUUGAAACCCUGUUGGAAGAGGCUCACAAUGAACGAAUGCACCUCCUCACAUUUCUCAAGCUUGCUGAGCCGGGAUGGUUCAUGAGACUCAUGGUCAUCGGGGCACAAGGAGUCUUCUACAAUGGAUUUUUCCUCGCCUACCUGAUCUCUCCACGGAUCUGCCAUCGUUUCGUUGGCUACCUGGAGGAAGAGGCAGUGAUUACCUAUACUAGAGCGCUACAGGAUCUUGAGUCAGGAAAGCUGCCGAAGUGGGAGAGCCUUGCGUCUCCAGAUAUUGCGAUAAAGUAUUGGAAAAUGCCGGAGAAUCAGCGGAGCAUGCGUGAUUUGCUACUCUAUGUUCGUGCUGAUGAGGCCAAGCAUAGAGAGGUGAAUCAUACGCUUGGCAACCUGAUCCAAGAAGAGGAUCCAAACCCGUAUGCGGUAAAUUGCAUCCGGUCUCCAGCUUCAUACCCCACGAAGGGACUGGAAAAUAUAAAGCCAGUUGGAUGGGAGCGAAAUGAUGUUGUCUAA